AUGACUUGUACAGCCAACAAAAUGGCGGCGAGUCCCUUGUCUUUAUAUUGCGCGAGAAGUCUGUUUAUAUUUCCGUAUCAGAAACUGCGAUGCUUCUGCACUCAAGGUGAUUCCCACACCGUUCAUGUUCCUGUGAUGCUGAAGGAAUGUUUGAGCUUUCUUGCACCCCGUGAUGGCCAAGUAAGUGAUGAAAGUUGCCAUCGGUUUCGAUUCGCUCGCGGAAAUUUGUCACGUCAGAAUGAAACAGUUAUUUUUUCUUUUGCUUAAUUCUGUACCUAAUGUUCUUAAAGCUACUGUUGCUCAGAUAAACAAUUUCUAAUAUUAUUGCAACUCUCCAUUUGAGACAUUUUUGGGGUGUGAUAUAUAAACUGUCAUGAGUGGUUUACUUUUUACUUAUUUUAUCCCUUGUUUUAUAUUUUUUUCCUGUGGUUCUCUAAGGUUAUGAGAUUUAGCUUUACAAAACCAGUAAAAGCUUAAACAAUUUUCGGUAGAUCUAUUUAUUUUUCCAGUUACGUUGUUAUUUAUGACAGUGGAAUGUAAAUUGGUCAUAUGUUAAUACAGAUUUUUGUUGCCAUGAUAAAAAUAAUAAUAAUAAUAAUAGUGUAGUGUAGUGAUCCCUAUGGUUGUUGGUGCGCUUGGUACAGUGAAGAAGGGUAUGGUAGAAAACAUCAAGAAAGUAUCAGAGAGAGCUACUAUGACAGAGAUUCAAAAGAUCUGCAUGCCCGGGGGGGGGGGGGGCACUGCCACAUAUGGGCUAUAUAGGUAUGUGCCGCUGUGAAGGGUAUGGUUUUCAAGCAGUUUACUCUAGGAUAGGGUAUAUAAAUCAGAGCGUUUGGGUCUAGAAUAGGGUAUCAUUUUUCAGGAAACUGAUCUGUUGGGUGAAGAUUUUAUAUAGACUAGGGAAACAGCUACUCUAGGAUAGGGGGGAUUUGGGGAGUUUACUCUAGUAUAGGGUAGCAAAAUUCAGCUGAACUAGCUCUAGUAUAGGUUAAGGGUUCCAGGGUCCCAGCGGCACAUCCCCACCCAGAAAUUCCUAAAGUACCCCCACCGGGUCUGCAUGCUGGGAUCUGCACCAAUCCUCAGAAAGGUGCUCAGUGUAUGAACAGAAUGAUUGACUUGAGUGAAUGACGCUCUAGGUGCAUGGUUUGCGCCCGGCUGAUGCACAAAAAGAACACCAGCAAAGAAUGUGAUAAUAGAGACAAUAAUAAUAAUAAUAAUAAAUUCAGUUAUGAGAGUAGGUGUACGUAUGACUACUGUGAUGUAUUUCUAUUUUCUGACUUUUAAGGUUUUUAUAGAUGCCACAUUUGGAUCUGGAGGUCAUUCUGCAGCAAUCCUCAUGAGUGCAAAAUGUAAAGUCUUUGCUUUAGACAGAGAUCCAGCUGCAAUUGAAAUAGCAGACAUUUUAUCUGAAAGAUCAGAAUUUAAGGGAAGGCUGUUUCCAGUCUUAGGAAAAUUUAGUAAUAUCUAUAACACACUAAAAAGCCAUGGUGUCAAGAAUGAAUCUGUGAAUGGAAUGUUGCUUGACAUUGGUGCAUCCAGUAUUCAGUUUGACGACCCUGACAGAGGAUUUUCAUUUUAUAAAAAUGGACCUUUGGACAUGAGAAUGGAUGUUAGGAAUGUCACUAAAGAAGGAGCAAAAGGUGAAAGAUUACCAAUGACAGCAGCUGAUGUGGUGAAUUCUAUUAAUGAAACAGAACUUACUGCUGUUUUGAGACAGUAUGGACAAGAGAAGGAAGCAGGUUAGUAUUUGCAGGACAUUACAACUCUGUAGUGGGUCCAUGGUCCUUGCUAAUGCUAGCUUUCAACUACAUAUUUACUUGCUCUUACUAAUUUCACCCAUUCACUAACUGACUGACUGACGGUCUGAUUGGAAACUGAGGGUAAAGAGUAAAUGAAUGGAUAAAUGGCAAGUUGGCUGACCAAAUUAUGGGUCGAUAGAUUGGCUAACUGAUCAGAUUGAUUGGCAGGUCUACAUGAACUCAUUAAUUUGGAGCUCUGAAGGUCUAUUAACUGGCUCGCUGCCUGGCUUGCCGUCUACCCUGCACACAAUCUGACUGGCUGACUGACCCUCUGUGUAACAUACACCCUGUCUGGCUGAGUGACUGACUGACUAGCUGUCUGACUGACAGAUUGACCGGGUGUCAAACUCUCUGGCUGACUGACUGACAGGUGGACUAACUGUCUGGCUUUCUGUGUAACAUACUCACUAUUUGACUGGUCGUCUGGCUGGCAUGCAGUCCUAUUCUACACACUGUCUGACUGAAAAAAUGGCUGGCCUCCUGUGCAGCGUACACUCUGUCUGACUGACCAAUUGGCUGACUUUCAGACUAUUUGCUGUACACACUGUCGAACUAACUGACCAACUGACUGACUGACUUGCCUUCUGUGUAACGUACACACUGUCUGACUGACUGACUUGCUGGCUUGCAGUCUUUCCUACAUGUUUACAUGCUGGCUGACUACCUGUGUCACUUUUUACCUGGCAAAUUUUGAGGUUUAAAUUAUUCACUCGUGGAAAUUUUGCCUAAAAUUACCUUUCAAAGCAAGAGAAGCUGUGUUUCUGUUCAGUAUCAGACUGCAGAACAGUCAGAUCAAAUUCGGUUUACCGUAGUUCGAGGCAGAAACCCAUAUUUUUACUGUCUCUCCUCAGUCUCGCUCUCCAUUUUCAGCCUCCAGACUUCCAGACCUUUGUUUGACUGCUCACGCGUACUUGAAAAUGCAAAAAUACGGACUGUUUUGCAGUCUAGGCCAGUAUUUGGCCAGAACGAACCAAAACUGCCUAAAGAUCUUCUGUCCCUGAAACCAGCAACUAAAAAAUGUAUGCUCUUUGCUGAUCUACACCAGGAUCUACACAAUCACUUCUGUCCGUUCCGAUAGUCAAGUGCUCUGUUAAGUGCAAGUGGGUAGUGGAACAAGAGUUUCAUUGGGAUUUUCGCGUCAGUUUUUUGCGUUUUUCUCUAGCCUGCGAAGCAAGCGUUUCCGUUUGGUUUCGUAGCAAAGAAAGACCGAGGAACGGGAUUCUCGGGUUCCCGCGCGAGAAAUGAAACAAGAGCCAACUUACGCCAUUUUUCGCGCGGUCUUUGACUCUCGUUCCUCGUUCUUUGCUCCUAAACCGCACGGAAACGCUUGCUACGCAGGCUAGUUUUUCUCCAGCCUGAUUGACUGAAUCUCCGGGACUGAAUCGUGCUCUUUCUGGCAUGGUUUGAAAGAUUUCUUCCCCCUGUUCAAGUUAGAUAUCAAAUUUUUUCCAUGGCCGUUUAAACUUAUGGCGUUACAAGCGGCAUAAGGGACGUGGAUCCGUAAGAAGGGUUACGGGCAGUUCAAGGGCGAAUGCGUAAGCCAACGCCACGUCUGGUUCGUACGCAAGUUCAGGUUAAGUAAGGCUUGAAUGUAAGGCUAACCUUUUAUUUUUGUUUCUAGUUCGCAUAUCUCGAGCUAUUGUGCGAGCUCGCGACAGGAUUCCAAUAGUAUCCACCAGACAGUUGGCAGCCAUUGUUACUGCAGCAGUUCGUAACGUCAGAACUGACAGGUUCUCGCGUCAACUGCACCCUGCUGCAAGAACCUUCCAAGCUCUACGCAUUCUUGUAAACGACGAGUUGAAUGAACUCCAGUGCGCUUUGAAAACAGCACAUAAACUUCUUUGCCCUGGAGGGCGCCUUGUCGUGAUUUCCUUUCAUGCGCUAGAGGACUCGAUUGUCAGGCAUUUUUUCAAAGAAACACACUCCGAAGUGAGUUAUUUGCGUUCGAGAACGAAUGUCACGGGUAAAGCCAAGACAAGUACAUGGCUACCCCUCCAUAAAAAGGUCAUUUACCCCUCGGAUGAAGAGGUUUACCUUAAUCCCCGCUCACGUUCAGCCAAGCUACGGGCGGCUGCAAAAGCGGACAAUUUGGUUCUGGAUUUGACUGAACUUACAAACUUGUUGGACAACAACACCGGACAAACCUUCCAUAACGGCACAUCACCGCUUUGA